CUCAAGCAGCAUGGACGCACGUCUGUGAAGCUCCCGCAGCACUGGGGACGGAGCACAACUAAACGGACUACAGAGCACAAAAUAAAGGUACCCAAAGACCCACAAUGUCUCAGAGGCAGAAACAGAAAGCUGCCAAAGAAGAAUGAGCGUCCUUUUUUAUGGCCAGAUCCGCCGCGAAAAAACCGCGGGGAAACCGGCGGCCUAGUACAAGAUGGCGACGGAGAUUGCUCCCGCGAGGGAUCCAUGUCACUUACAACUUCUAUCACCUCCCUGGCAGAACAGCCCCUUACCACAACCUCAAUGAGGCUCAUGCUGGCCGAACUAGCUGACAACUUUCAGCUGCUAUGA